AUGGCAUUUCUCAGUGCCCUCAAGAGGGAUACGCCAAAUCUGCAGACUGGUCAAACUGUGGCGUACGACUACCUUGUUGAUGACGAGCACUGGCAAUGGACGCUUGGCACAGUGGUCUCAUUGAAGGAGUACAGUGCCGUUGUGCAGCAGUGGCGCAUCAAUCAGGGCGACAACGCGGCACUCAGGAAUAUCGUGACAAAUGAAAUUGAAAAGGAGACAAAACGAAUGAAGCUGUUCCAAGAACGACUUUCCAACUCACGAGACAAGCUGGCUGCCAUUCGCAGUGAAAAUGAGGAUCGCGUCUCUGCCGCAAGGAGGUUGUAUGAGUUGGCGAAGGAGCAGGUGGAGGAGGUUGAUGAGGUUCAUAUGCGUGAGGUGACGUCACAGGCUCGUCCCUCGCCGGUGGCUAUGGAGGUCUUAAAGGCGGUGCUUGCAGUGGCCAAGAAUGACCCUGCCGUCAAGGACUGCUCGUCAUGGUACGACAUUCAAAUGGAGUACAGGAAACCAGAUGCUGUCAUGGAUUUUAUUCACGUGGAUGCCCUUGGACACUACUAUCCAACCCCUGAUGAUAUUAUUUCGUCAUUACAGGGGCCGCGCUUCUCUUCUGCUGCAGCUGCACGGGAUUCUGACGCGAUCAGGAGCCUGCACCAGUGGGUAAUGAGUGCCUUGGCGUACCAAGAAGCACACAGCAAAUUAACGUCAGACACGCGUGUACAGGCGCAAAAUGAUUGUAUUAGCGAUGCUAUUUCCGCGAUGAAGGCGUGCCGUAUGAAGGUCAUUAAGCUGAAGGAGGAGUUAUCUCGCGAAAAUCCCUUAGCUGCCAGGGGUCAGGUGACAUCGUUUACCAAAACAUCUGUACAAUCCACAAUUCCUCUCUCGGCUGUUAUUUCACUGGUGCCUAUUGAUUUGUUUGUAACCGACUGCGCGUUAACUGAUGAUGAGGUUGAAAUUAUCUAUGAAAAUGCAACGUGGAUGCGCUUUCAGCUGAAGGUUCAACUCUCGCGAACAAUGAAUGAGUACAUGGCAGCCAUGGCGGAGCUUCACUGUCUCUCUAUGUAUACCACUGAGCUCGAAGAAAAGCGUCUAAACUUGCGAGAACACUACACUCGUAACGUUUUUCGUAAUCAGGAUAGAGCAGCUCUCGAGACUCAGGACAGUGCAACUUCCAAGAAGAUUAAGAUGCUUCAAGACACCAUUGAUGAAUUAAAGAAGCAUGACGAACGGUGGAGCUUUGAAGAUGGUCCGACGGUGACCACAAAACAUACCAAGAAAUACCCUGGAAAACAUUGGAAGGCGUUACUUACAAAUAAGCCAGAGGAAGUUCUGGCAACAUUUAAGUCUGAACAAGCUCUUGCUUGUCACGUGUCAAAUGAUUGUAUCCAGAACGUUGAAUUUCAUUUAGAGCCUGAUGCGCUUCUUAGUUCGUUCAACGUUCAGCACUCAGCACGGCAGACCGCAGGAGAGGUUGAUAAACGUCUGAGCGAAUUUCCACCGCGGGAGAUGAAUCGUCUCUACCAAGAUCUUGAAUGCCCGAAGGUGGCUCUUGACCGCGCCAUUGUGGAGAUGUGCCGCGCACUUGACAUGCCGGAGAACAAGUUCCAUGGACUGCACUUUGACGAGUUUGUGGAGCAGGUGAAAGUAUGUGCUCGUCUUGGCGACAAGGAUGCGUAUGAAAGCGAGAUUGGUGAUUUGCUGAUGUUUCUUGACAAGAUUCACAACGAAAACCGCUCGUUGCAGUACACGCUGGAAAAAUCGGCCGAGGAAUUCCGUCGGCAGACAGCAUCAACGUUGCGGGAGCAGGAGGCCCUGCGGCAGCGCAACAAUGAGCUUCACGCUGAAAUUGGUCGCUUGCGCAACUUGGUUGAGAAGCUAAAGGACCUUGCUGACAAGCAGGCCAGUGAGCUGGAACUUUUUAAGUUGCAAAAGAACCAGGCAAAUCAGAUACGCACACAACGUAAUCUAUCAGCAUUUAGGGGAGACAACACCGCGGAGCCGCUGUACUGCGUAACCCUGGACGAGCUCCACGAACAGAUGAAGCAGUGCGAGCAGGCCGAGCAAGAAGCAGCACAGCUGCAUACUCAGCUUGAGGAUCUUAACCAAACUCACGUCAACCUCCUUGCUCAUCUGAAUACACUGGCGCAGGAGAAGGACAGUGUGGAGAUGGAGAAUGAGAAGCUGAAAGAGGAACUACAAAUGGCAGUAAAAUCCGUCAGUGACGCCACAAAAGCACGUGCCGAUAUACUUCAUGAAUUGGAAAUAAAGUGCGCAGAAUGCGGGGAAUUAAUGAACAACUUAAAUCAGCUCAGUGAACUAUUGGAUUCUCUAAAGGCCUCAGAGAAGGAGGCACUAGCAAGCAUCGAAGCGCGCGACGAAGAGAUAAAUGAGCUUCAGCAGCAGCUUGAGGAUGCGCUACAUAAUCACAAUAUUGUUACUCGGGCACUUGAUGUGAAGGAACGACACGAAGACGAGCUGAUUGAAUUAACUGAAAGACAGCAAAAGGAAAUAAAUGCGUAUCGCCACAAAAGGCGCAUAGCACAUGAAGCAAGGUCGCUGGAACCAACACUACAGCCACAAAGCGUAAUAGGCACGAGCCUUGAGGAUGAAGUGGAUCCGGAAGAUAUUAUAAGAGAGCCCCUACUUUCCGUUACAAUGGACGAGUACACAAACCAGAUACAACGAAGCAACCAGCUUCAGCAGGAAAACGAUACACUGCGGCAGUAUCUGCAACAACUCAAUGACGAUAAAGAAACACUUCAUGGCCAGCUCAGGGAAACAGCGGCAGAAAAUAAGAACCUCACUGAUCAACACCGCGCAAAAGCUGAAGAAUGUAUUGCCGCUAACAACAAGAUUAGAAACCUUUACGAGAUAAACGGUAGGCAAGCUUCUGAACUGGAAAAGAUGAAUAUUGAGAAUCAACAACAGAUCGAGGAGAUAGAAAAAGUCACAAGCGAGAAUGAGAAGCUCACUGAUGAACUGGAAAAGCUAGCCGCAGAUAACGAAAAACUCACAGACGAUCUUGAGAAAAAGGCCGCUGAAAAUGAGAAGCUGGCUGAAGAGCUGGAACAGAAGGCCGCUGAAAAUGAGAGGCUGGCUGAAGAGCUGGAGCAGAAGGCCGCCGAAAAUGAGAGGCUGGCUGAAGAGCUGGAGCAGAAGGCCGCCGAAAAUGAGAGGCUGGCUGAAGAGCUGG